AAAUCCGCGGUCACACUCGUGCAUUAAUUAAACGCGUGGAAAUUGUGCUUAAAACAACAAAAUAAAUUGAGGAAAAUAGUUAAAAACAUAGUAUGCGAUGGCGGCAAUCGCAUCACUAUGAAAUUUAACUGUGAAACGUUAGAAACAUUUUGUUUUGUGCAGGUACUAAACGUUCCAAACAGCGCCGCGAAAUCUUUUGAGUGGUACGCAUCGAAAAUGUUCAAAAGAACUACAAACAAGUGCCCAAGUGUAUGCAAAUUGUAUUUGUUUUGUAAAAAGCAAACGUGAAAAGAGUUUUGUGCGCCAAAUACGCAAAAGUUUGAAAUCAAAGCUUGCCGUCGAAUUAAACAGAGUUGUGAAAAAUGAAGUGAGCCUCCAAUGAACAAAAUAAACGCAACAACGAAAGAACGUUUAUGUAAAAUACAUUAUACCAAACGGAUAAGAAGUCGAAACAUACAACGACGGAAAACGAGAUUAACUGGAGAUAAUAGUGGGGGCAAAGCAGCAACGGAAGAGGCAGAAACGACGACGCUGAAGAAUAUCAAAUCGCGCACAGUUAUGGUUGUAAUGGCUGACAAUGUAAUGUGGCACAGUGUUGGACACCGUCUAUGCAAUUCGAACGCGCACCACCAACCAUUACCGUUAGGAGCCAGUCAGCAGCAGGCCAGCAGUGCCAUUGCCAGUACCAGUAGCAGAGCCGGGGACGAAGAAAGCAUUUCUGGUUAUGCAUUAAGCCCCCAAUACUUUGGGGGCACACCGAACCAGCUACAGCUACAGCUCCAGCACCAGCAGCAGCAUGACUGCCUUGUCAGUGAAGUAGUGUUGUGAAACGACAAAACGCGAAUCGAACUCCACUAAGCGAGUAAUCUGAACUUAAAGAAGUCCCUCUCUACACAAAAAUAAAUAUAAUUUUAGCUAAAAAGCGAUCUAAACGCAACCCAGAACCCAAAAGAAUCAUGCCCACGCACGACACAGUAUUCGUGGAGCCAGCCGUUAGCAGCAGCAGCGGCGGCAGUGGAAGUGUCAGCAGCACGAGCAGUAGCAGCAGUAGCAUCAGCCGGGUCGGGGGUGGGCCUCCGCACAUUGUCAUCGAUGGCAGUAGCCUGUCUACGCAGGCGCAGCUGCAGCGCAUCAUGCACCGUCGAAUGUCGAUUAGCACACGCCAGAUACUCAGUGCCAGCCAAAGUCUGCCCCAGCCUCCACCCUCCUCUCAGAAAUACGCCGUGCGUACCACAGCCGCGGGGGCCGCAACGGGAGCAGGCGGUUCUACGCAGGAGCUGAUCAAUCCCCAGAUCUAUAAGAUUGUGACCACUGACGGUAGCACCAGCAACGUCAUUAUCGAUGCCGGAGCUGCUGCCCCGCCACACAAUUCUAAGCUGCUUCUCAGCAAUCUCACGGUCCUGUCCAAGCAGGCGCCUGGGACGCCUGGCACCCAGCAGCAGCACCAGCUCAAUUAUAUGGGCGCCAAGAAUUUGCCGUAUGUCACGGCCUCGCCCGCAAAGGGACUGCAACAGCAGCAACAGCAGCCCCAGAAAUUCGGGAGCAUCAGUGCGUUCAAGGCGCAACAGCAGCAGCAGCAGAACCAGCAGCAGGCCACCUUGCAGAAGGUAACGCUGGGAUCCCGGGUGGCCACCCGCCUGCAGUCGUAUGUCCCAGUUAGCCAGCACUCGGCGAAUCCGCCUCAGAUAAUUGUUCAGCCGGCGCAGCCCAAGUAUGUGAGUGCCACGGCGACGACUGUGGCGAAUGCAGCGCUCCUGAAAAAGGCCAAUCAGAAGAUCACGGUCAAGAGCAUGGGCAACAUGCUGCAGCAACAGCAACAACAGCAGCAGCAACAGCAACAACAAAUGCAGGCACAACAGCUGAAGAACUUCAUUUCUCUCCACCAGCAGCAGCAGCAACAACAGCAGCAGCAGCAGUCCUACAAGGCAGGAACCAAGACAAAGUUUGUGAAACAGUCAACGUCCCUGUCUAUAGCUGCCCUACCGCAGCAGCAGCCGCAGCACCAAACGAGCUAUGCCAAACAGGGAAUGUCACUGUCGACGCCAACGAAGGUUACCAAACUGAACAGCAAGUAUGUGCAGCAACAGAUAAGUUUGCCGCAGGGUACGCAGCUUCAGCAAAAAACAUCAGCGACGAAUACCACGGCCGCCGGAUAUCUGUUGCAGCAGCAACAGCAGGGGCAGGGCCUGGGUACGGGACUAACGACCACUGCUGGCACCAUAAAGUUUGUCAACUCCCAUGGGACCGUCAUCCAGCAGCAUCCCCAGCAGCAUCAAUUGCAGGCGUUGCAGAAGCGAACCCACUACAACAGCAGUGGCAGCAGCGACAACGAGCAACACUUGGACAGGACUUCGUCCUCGCUGGUCACCGACGACGUGGUGAUUGUCAAUGGCACCCAGAUGACCGACGAGCUCUCGGCUCGCAUUCUACAGAGCAUGGCCCAGAAGUCCUACAGCCAGCAGCAGCAGCGCUUUCAUCAGACGCCUGGUAGUGGCAGUGGCAGCACCCAAAUGCCGCCACCCACCCAAAUAUUAUAUAGCAGUAGCAGCAGCAACAACAGCAGUAGCAAUGGAGGUGGGGUGACAGUGGCGAACAGUGCAGCAUCCCCGUCGGGUGGAGCCAAUCCUGCUGGAAAUCUACUGCUGACGCACUUCCAGACAUCUGCGAAGGUUACGUCUCCCUCGUUUCUAACUGUGGGGGCGAAUCCUCCCGUCAGUCUAGCUAGCACACCUUCUGUUAGCAUAUCGUCGCAUGGAUUUGCAAGCGGCAGUGCUGCCAUAUCCUCGUACAUGUCAUCUGCAACGGCGGCGAGACGUCAGUCCGUGAGUGCGCCCAGCAGUCGGGCAGCUUCCCUGGAGCGAAAGCAGCAGCAGCACCACCAACAACAACAACACGAUGCAGCGAUAGGCAGUGCACGCAAAGCACCCACUGUAAUCGAGUAUUACAACAAGCAUGGCACCGGCAACAGCAGCAUAAUCACUAGCAGCAGUAGCAGCAAUAACCAAUUGGGAAGCAGUCAAAUGGGAAGUACAAUGGGCAAAGCUGGAAGCACAAUAGGAAUCUUUAAUGGCAGCAAUCGCACCAGCAAUGGACCAUCGACCAUCACAGCACUGAAUAUUCCAGCGUCGCCUGUUCAUGUACAGCCCGUUAGUGCCACAAGUGUCUCUGAAGAGGGGGCAUCGUCCUCGCCUGCGGCAGCAAUGAAGGCCACUCCUCCAAACAUGCAACAGCCGCAGCAUCAGCAACCGCAAUUGGGUCCGAACCAGGAUGAGGAUCUGUUCAUUGAGGAGGUGCGUCCAGUGCCCGUGCAGACCCAGGAUCUGCGUUUGCAGCAGGUGCAUGCCAUCACUCAGGAUCAUACCUACGCCUCGCAACAGCAGCUGCCACAGCCACAGCAACAAACACAGGCGGCGGCAAAUACAGUGGCAGCUUCAACUGGUUCGGGAUCGGCACAACCGCAGCAAUGGUCGCUGGGCGGCAUUGGAGCUACAGUGGCCGGCGGGGCAGCCGCACCUACACCCACAGCCGGCGGUUAUGGCACUUAUGGCGCCUAUGGUCAGCAGAUUGCUCGCCAUGUUCACGCCACGGACGAUGAUGCACACUCGGGUAUCAGCAGCAGUUCUCGCUUGGGAUUGGGAUUGGCCGGCAUCGAUAUGGAUCCGGGCGAAGAGACGGAGACAGCGCCCGAGGCUGAGGCUGAGGAUGAUUCCGUCACGCGCUGCAUUUGUGAUUUGACCCUCGAUGAUGGCUACAUGAUCUGCUGCGACAAGUGCUCGGUAUGGCAACAUGUGGACUGCAUGGGCAUCGACCGCUCGAACAUUCCCGAGUUCUACAAGUGCGAGUUGUGUGAGCCACGUGCUGUGGAUAAGGCCAGGGCCAGGGCAUUGCAACGACAGAAGCGCCGAGAGCAGAUGCUGUUGGUGGCAACGCAGGCGGCAAAUGGAGCUGCCGCUAUUGCAGCGGGUACUGCAGUGGCUGGGGGCAUGACUGGAGGAGGAGGAUUACUUUCCUCUGGAGCUGGAGCUGGUCUUGCCAUUUCGGAGGACAACCAGCAGCAACAUCGUCUGACAUCGGGUCUGAAUGGAGGAUAUGCCGCGGCCACUGGCAUGUCGAAAAAGUCCAAAAAAACAAAAGAUGUCACCACGGGAUCAGCUUCGCUCAAGAAAAACAAAAAGAGUGGUGGAGGAGGCGCUGGGGGUGACAAAAACAGUAGCCUCAAUCCCAGUGGCGGCGGCGGAAAGACCAGCAAGAAGAGCAGCAAACGCAAGUGCAAGUCAGGCGGCGAUGGAGCUGGAGGAAGCGGCAGCAGUCCCGCUCUGACAGCGGCCGAGAAGCAUGCCGCCAAUCUGCGGUUGUGGAUCGAGAACUACGAGUACGCGGUGACCAAUCAUUACUCUCCCGAGCUGCGGGCUCGCCUGCAUGCCAUACAGAAGCAGCCGAGCCUGCUGCAGAGCAUCCAGAACACGGAGAACAAGGCCCUGCGACAAAUCCAGAUCUCGAGUGCCGCCAGCGAGCUGGAGCAGCGGGCCCAGCUCAUACCCUAUGCGGGGGCCAAGGUGCUUAUCAGCAGCGUCGACAUCUUCCCGCACGCGCCCAUCCACGAGCUGCGCGGCAAGUACAUGCUCACCACCCAGUUCCGAACCCAGAAUCCCACCGUCAACAUGAACACACCACCGCCCAGUAACUAUCUGAACAGCUUCAAGGCCCACAAGACGCCUGGACAAUUUGUGUUCUUCUAUCAGCUACCCGGCGUGGAGGCUCCCAUGCAGACGCUGCGCCCGGACGGAAGCUCACCGCAUGAGCAGCAGCAACCGCCCGCCUAUCUCAAGGGCCCGGAGGUGUGCGUGGAUACGCGCACAUACGGCAACGAUGCUCGCUUCGUUCGAAGAUCGUGCCGACCCAAUGCGGAAUUGCAGCACUAUUUCGAAAAGGGAACGCUCCACCUGUACAUUGUGGCACUGACGCACAUCCGAGCUCAGACGGAGAUCACGGUGCGUCACGAGCCGCACGAUUUGGCUGCCGUGGAGCACAAGAAGUCCCAUGCUGCUGUCAUACAACCGACGAGCACGCGAUGCGCCUGUGACUUGGGAACCGAUUGCCUUUUUGCACUGCCACUGGCCGUGCAGCAGCAACUGCAAGCGCCGCCCACUCAGCCACGGAGCAGUCAUCGCAACAAGGCCUCAGCUGCAGUGGCGGCCAACAGUGCAGCAGCCAUUCAACUGAUGAUGGGCCUGGGAGUGAGCACUGGUGCAGGAGUUACAGGAGUUGCAGGGCCCAGUGCCAGAAACCGUUCCACCUCGUCCAGUGGGGAGAGUAGCCACAUGGGGCUCAACAGUCCGCAGUUGAGCCAACUGAAUAUUGGCUUUAAGCCAUCUCCUGCUUCCGGCUGCACCCAGAACACGCCGCCUGUUGCUGCCGUCCUGUGCAGCAACAGCGGAGGCAGCAACAGCAGCAACAACUCCUGCUCGGUGUCCAUGUCCAGUGUGCUGCACGACUCGGGCAUCUGCACCUCGUCUUCAUCGCCAUCGGUCUCCAUUCCAUCUCCGACGCCCAUCCAGCUCCAGUCACCAACACUGCAGUCGCAGCAUCAACAGUCACAGAUACAGAUUGGAGCACCGCCUGCACAACUGUCCCUGUUGCAACGAAGUCCAACACAGCAGCAGCAACAGAUUCUUGCUUCGCUGCCCACACCUAUGUUACUGUCGCCUCAGUUGCAGGUGGUUGCAUCGCCCCAGCAGCAGCAGCAGCAGCAACUGCAGCAGGUUGUCCUACCACCAACACCACAGAAGUCAUCGCUGUUGCAGCAGCCACAGCAGCAUCUGCCACAGGAGCCUCUGGCUGUUAUAGCAGCAGCUGCGGCUGCCCAGCGACCCAUGGCCACCUAUUUUGUUCAGCAGCAGCAAGAACAAUCGCCGCAACGCCAUGUAGUACAGAAACUUGUGUCACCGCAACAUCAAAUGCCGCAGCAGCAGCAACAGCAGCAAGUGCAACAAACGUUUCUUAAACAGCAACAGAGACAGCAGCAGCAACAACAGCAAAUGGCUGAUGAAGCUCGAAUGGCAGUUAGUGCACUGCAAACAUUGCAUGCAGCACCCACUUCACAUAUUGUGACGCCAAUUAAAGUGAUAGCACCACAGCAGCAGCAGCAGCAACAACAUCAUCAAAUGCAGCCACAGACUCUGUUACAACAGCAGCAGCUGAAUCAGCAUCAACAACAAUUGCAACAGCAGCACCAACAACAGUCACAGCAGCAGCAGCAGCAGCAGCAGUCACCACAACAGCCACAACAACAGGUCAUCUAUUCGACUAUUCAGGUGACUCCACCAACCAAAGUACUCACUGUAAAGAGCGUUCCGACGGCUGCCAACAACAUAAGUAUUUCAAAUUCUUCGCCUGCUCCAGUAACUGGCACAAGGAAAACUCCCAUAAGGCAGCAACAACAGCAAGUAGCAGCACCAGCUGCAGUCGCAGAAACAUCGCCGAAAGUUGAAUCGAAAGAAGACGACGGACCCAGUGACUCGCCGCCUCCACGCACUGCGGCCAAGGAUGGCAAGAAGCCAUCGCGUGAGGACCGAAAGCUGGCGGCCAUCAUACGAGCUAUUGAUAACAUGGAAAAGCGGGAGGCACGGGGUAAAAAGGAGACUCGCCAAAGCGGUGGCAAGCGGCAGGCGAGCAACUCACCUGCCUCGCCAUGUGGCAAGCGACGUAGGUCCAUCUCCAUCAGCGAAGAUGCCGAGACUCCAACGGGCAUCAAUUUGGGUGUAACGCCGCAGCGCAGAAACCGACGGAAGCGUAAUGUCAGUCGCAGCUACAACAACAACAACGGAGGACUGAACAACAAGCGCAGAAAGAGUGUCCUCUUGGAGUCCGAUUGCGACUCGCAUGCGCUGACCAACUCAGAGUCCGAGGAUCACGUGCAGCAGCAUCCACACCAUCAGACAGUGGAUCAGGCGGCUGGCCUACUUUUGUCUUUGGCACACAAUACAUCCGCGGCCAGCGAUUCUUUCAAGUCGCCUACUUCACAGUCGCAGUCGCAAGCUCAGCAGGGCACUCCGGCAUCCGUGAGCAGUGCUUGCCUGCUGAUUGAGGCUGCCAUGGGACCGUUGGAGCAGCCGCUGCAGUCGCCGGCAGCCAUGUCGUCGCCCGCCUCCAUGGGGGAGUUCAAGUACCCGCCAGGCGGUGCUAAAACCAAGAAGACACUUAUGUCCAGCUGGUUCCAGCAGGCGGAACAGUGUGAAUCGCAGCAGUCCGGGUUGGACAGCCUUGUCCAGGCGGCCAUGUGUGAAAUCAAUGGCGAGAGAGAACAACUGCAGCAGCAGGUUCAAUCUUCACCAGCGCCAGCUCUCCAAAAGGUGGAGCAGUUCAUCCACCAGGCGGAAUCGACUACGUCCGCAGCCAUACAGGCGACACCUAGGGAGCACCUUCACCUCCCCCUGCAGAAUAAUUCAUCGGUGAAGAAGCGCUGGCUGCGUCAGGCCAUUAGCGAGGAGACAACCCCAGAUCCAGAGGAGGGACUCCAGCAACAGCAAUCGCCUGCUGCCGCCACGUCCGCACCCCAAAUGCACGUGAUCUCGCCGCUGUCUAAUGGAUUCAGUACGCCGCUUAAGAAGCGUCGUCUGGUGAUCAGCAACGGAGCCACAGUCGCAGGCAAUGUAGAGACAGAUGAGCCGCAUAUCGAUGUGAUUGGUGAUGCCAAGGAUGUCGAUGCAAUGGAAGAGGUGGAUGUUAUUGUGCCGCUAAAAGUUGAGACGGAAACAGAGCUGCUGGAUGUGCACAACCAUAAUCACAGACACAACCAUCACCUGCAUCACCAGGAGCAAGACGAUGAUGUGGACAUAUUGCGUUCGCCCAGUCCUGGUGCACAGCAAAUCGUAGCCGAAGACAAUCUGGUCAAGAUCGAGCCUGAGGACACCAGUGCAGCGGCAGAUGAUGUUAAGAUCGAUGUGGAGCGUGAGGAGAGUCAGGCCUGUGACAAGUUCGAGGAGAUGGUGAAGGUGAAGCGCGAGGAGGAGGAACGUGAGGAAAGGGAACUUCGCGAGACGCAGCUGCAUCUGCAGGAACAGUCACAGCCACAGCUCCAGCAACAAGAAGAGCCAAAACUCGAGACUAAGGUUGAGGCUCCGAAAGUUGAGGCUCCGAAAGUUGAGGCACCACCAAAGGUGGUUAAGCCAGAGACGGAGGCACCCAAGUUGGAGCAACUAAAAGCUGAGCCCAAGCCGGGAGAGUCUCUACUGCGGAGUACAGCCAUAACCACAGCAGUAGCACAAGCACCAGCUUCAGGAGGAUCCAUCAAUUCCCGUCCGCUAACCCUUAAGGUGAAGGAGGAUCAGCCAAAGAAACCAAAACAGGAGCCGCCUACACCACCUUCAACGUUACAGCCUCAGCAGCCCUCCUCAAAGCAAGCAGAAGUGGCCGUGACCACAUUGCCUACCGUUGCAUCAGCAGCAGCAUCAGCGGUAGCAAUUCCAACACCAAUAGCUGCACCGGCAGUGCCAGCUGCAACUGCAUCGAACAGCAGCACAAAAAGUCUCACCGAAAUCGAUAUCCAGGAACGUUUGCUGUCCUUCCAUGAGCAGAACAUUUCCUAUUUGCAGUCAAGGAAUAAGAAGGCGGCAGCAGCUGCUGCAGCAGCGGCGGUGGCGGUGGCAUCAUCAUCAUCGACAACGUCCAGCAACAAGAGCAGCAGCGGCAGCGGGUCAGAGACCAAGAAGUCAUCAUCCAAGGAAAAGGAUGAGAAGCGCGAGAAGGACAAACAGCCGAAGAAGUCCAAAAAGGAGAAGAAAAAGUCUAAGGAUAAGGAUAAGCAGAAGGCUGCAGCCACUCACCCGGGAGCGAAUGUAGUUGUUGAACAAAAGAAGAAACAGCAGCCACAGGCAUCCCCACGUCCGGAUUCCAAAGCCUCCCCAGCUAUUGCUCCAGUUUUUGCCCCAGUUACAGCAGCAGCAGCAGCUCCCAAUCUUCCGGUGGCCACAGCCAAUGGAAAGACAAAGCACAUCCCACACACACCCAACAACAGUGUGGAGCAGCAGCAGCAGCAACAGCAACAGAUGCGUCGUCGCACCAUGUCCAUGUGCGUGACACCAGUCACCCCGGCUCUGGCAGCGCUUCCCCCCUCAUUGCUGACUCCGGCUCCGACCAAGAAACGCCAGACUAACUUUGAGCAGGAGCUGACCAAACCGAACAGCCAGAUCCUGAGCAGCAGCAUUCUGCUGAACAGCAGCAAGGCCCAGGGCACUCCCACGGCUACGGCCAUAGCCACAGCCGCUCCGAUGGUCGUGCAACAGCAGCAACACCGGAAGGAGAACAAUCAUCAUGAGGCGAAUCCCGGUGGUGGUCCAAUGAGCCGGCCUGCGGCCGUCGCCAGUGGAAAGCUGCCCAAUAUCAGCCGCAGGCGGGAGUCCAUGUGCGGGAGUCGUCAGCAGCAGGUGCUCUUCCAGGCAGCACUUUUGAGCAAGAAGGAAAAGAAGGAAAAGAAGUCGAAGAAGAAGGAUCGAGAGAAGCGAAAGGCGGAGAAGCAAAAGAGCAAGGAUAAGGAGCGCGAAAAGGAAAAGGAAGGCAAGCUAAAGGUCAACAAUAACAUUCAACAGAAGCCAGCCACUCCAACUGCAACUGCAACUCCAAUUCCCAUUCCCACUGUGGACUCACACGUUGCUCCAACUCCAACGCCAACGCCGACGCCAAAGGCUGCCCCCAUUCCAGUAUUGAUUACGCAGCCCAAUCCAGCGCCCAAAUCACCACAGGGAUUGGCUUCCAAAAUGCAGCUGACCUAUUACACCUCCAUCUACGGCAAGGCCCAUGAGCCGCCACCAGCCUGCAGUAACAGCAGUAGCAUCAUGCCCAGCCUGGCCGAGUACCUGGCCUCCACAAAAUCAAAGUCGGCAACCACACCUACGGCCACGCCCUUGCCCAUGCCUGCGCCAGGGUUUCCCAGUCUGGCUGUGGUGAAGCCUAGUCCAGGAGCAGCAGUCACGCCUGUCUUGUGCGCGAGUCCCGUCGUUACUUCGCUGGACAUGCCGCCGCCAGCCACUUCUCACCUGAAGAUAUACACGCGCACCGCCAAUUGUGAUCCUCGCCUGAACCCCAUGCUUACGCAGCCGGAGCCCGCUCCCAUGCCCAAGCGUAAGCUCUCAAUCAGCGAGUAUCGCAUGCGGCAUCGUCCGUCGGUGGAUACGCCCAGUCCCACCACUCCAACAACGCCCAGCUCCAUUAAUAUUGGGUUUGCACAGCCGCAGACAAUCAAUAAGGGUGCGCUGCAGUCGCCGGAUCGUUUCCAGGCAGCAAUGCGCGAGCGCCGCAACUCGAUUAGUGUACAGCAGCAUCACCAAAACAACAUCAGCAGCAGCCUUAACACUAACAACACCCCCAGCAAGGGAAGUUCCAGUGUGACUGGAACUGCGAUUAAUACUGGCAGCAGCAGCAGCAGCCUCAAGAAUCUACAGCAAGUGCAAGGUGUUGGCAUCUCUGGUGGAGGACCGAUUAAGAAGCUACCGUCCGCUGACACUACUUUGAGCAAUGUAAACAUAAUGCUGAGCACGGCUCAGAAGCUAAACCUGUUCGAUGGCAAGCUCAAGAUGGAACCGAGGGCGAAUCCUGGCACUUCUACCAAAUAUCAGCUUAUCCCUGGCGCAGGAGGACACUUCAAUGCGGCACCCACGCUGCUCGAGCAGCAGCAGGAGAAGAUUAGCGAACGCUCACGCUUCAUGCAGCGAACCAUUUCCUGCGACUCGCGGGUGACUGAGCGGAGGGGCGCCUCUGGUGGCCCGAUUUCUGCGAAGGUCAAUGAGAAGGUGACUGGCAGCGGGAGGUAGGCUGGAUGGCAUCUGAAACGACGGAAAAUCGUAAGAAACAAUCGACCUAAAACGGAAAUCAAGAAACUCCAACAAGAACAACGAUCAUGAGAAAUUGCUGACGAAAUCAAAUAAUUGUCCACGUUACAGACUCGCUUUUCUUACACAAAACCAACAAUAAACAAAACUCACUUUUUUCAAUUCAGAAAAUCAAAGAACAAGAUCCAAUACAAUCCAAACUCAAUGUAAAUAAUGAAUCGGAAUAGCUUGCAAAGCAAACAAAAACAAAACAAGAAAUGAAAAGAAACGUAACUAGAAGAAACACUUUUUGAUACACUAAUUAGUUAAUUAAUAGUCUCGUUUUUUGUCACAGCAAAGAAGCCAAUUCUAUUACUUAUCGAGAAAGAAACCAACAACCUACUAUAUACGAUAUAUAUAUAGCCCUAUAUAAUGAUACUGUAUAAGAAUUAACUUACUUAGAAUAUAGUGUAGAUUAGGCGGCGAAAACUGAAGUUAUUUGAGACGUUAGGGAUACCCUUCUGGCAUCGUUUCGUUAUUAAAUAUGUAUUUAAGGCCCUAAGUUGACUCAAGCCAAGAGACGAGUUUCAAUAAACCCAUAGAGGAAGCAGGAGAGCCUAAAGCUGUGAGCGAGCAAGUGGGGGGGAGAUUCUCCCAUUCUGUUUGAUUUACUUUCAUUUUACCCAUGGAAUUACGUUUAAUUUUAAUAAUAAACAAAAACGAAAUAUCAGCUAUUAAAAUAGUUUAACAUCAUAUUUACCCGAUACCGAUACCCGAACACACACUGAACAGAACAUAACAAAGAAACACCCAGAAAAAGCCAAUGUAAAUAAUACUUUUAAACAAACACUCAAACA